AUGGUGAUCAUUUUUGGAAUGGUUACAGUUUAUUUUCCAUUAUUUCCUACAUACUGGACCUUUAAGUCAAGAGCAUGUGUGCCGCCGCCAUGGCAACGCUCACUGCCUCAUAAACUUCGGUCACUUAACCAGCACAUCCGCAGAUGGAAGGUGUUUCUGAGAGCUCUUUACGGUGUGCCGGAGGGGGCAGUGCUGGAAACAAACAGCACUGGGCGAAAAAAAGAAGAACUUUCUGGAAAAGUUGUGGUCAGAGAUGACCUUCCAGUUUGGUCUUCAGGUGUAUUGAUGAUCACCUUUUACAGGGGAUGUGUCCUAUUGAUCGCAGGGCGCCCCCCUCCUCCUCGUAUCCCCCAACUCAGCCUUUGGAGUCUGACUGUCUCGCCCUCUGCUCUCCGCACAGAACGCUUAGACCCAUUGGCCUGCUGGGAAGUCAGGUUGGUGUACACUCAGAAGGACGAGGAGAUCCCAACACACUAAGCCACAGAGACUGAUUCCAGUUCUCCAACCCUCAUCCAUCAUCAACCCUUCUGACUUUUGACAAAUUUACUAGUGAAAUCUUCUUGGAAAGAAGGCAAGCACAUACAAGUAUUAAGUUGUGAGAUCCCAAUCAGAAGAAAAUCAUCCAAGUACACUACACCAAAAAAGCAGAUGAGGCUAAGGAUGACGUUUGUUACCAUGGCUAUGGUAAUCCCUAUCCUAGCUGUUCUAGCCAGUUCUGAUACAGGUUUGGAUAACGAAACAUUACCUCUGGAUGACUUCAGGACGCUUAUACUAGUGAUCGAAGAGAUGAAUUUGAUUUUCGGCAGAAAUAUCUGUAGAAGUCACUACACUGAUCUUGUCUCUCUAUAUGACAAGACAGACGAAGAGCAAUUAUUAAAAUUGUUACAAUUGGCAAAAAAAGGUAAUUGUGGUACUUUAAUUGGUCUAAUGGGUUCUUCCAAUUCAUACAAAUGGUCAAAUGGUGAUAUUGUUAUUUACAAAAAAAAUUAUUUAAAUAAUCACAACAACUGUGUUGCCAUGACGGCAAAUGGGGGAUGGGAGGCUUUAAACUGCACCGAAAAGAGACCAUUCAUCUGUUACAGCGAUGCACCUAGUAAUUCUUCUAGGUAUACACUGAUUGAAGAGAAAAAGACUUGGCAAGAGGCUCAGGAUUAUUGCAGAGAGAAUUACAUUGACUUGGUAAGCAUCAAAGAUGAACAGCAGAACAACGCUGUAUUUAUUGAAAGACAGACAAACCCAAAUGAUUCCUGGAUUGGUUUGAUAUGUGACGGCUGGGAGUGGUCUGAUGGAGGACUGUCAGGAUAUAGGAACUGGAGCAGUGCAGCUUUUGAACCAAGUAAAACUGCAGUGAGAAUCUCCCAUUAUGAAGGAUGGAACCCAGAAACUAACGCGACCAUCACUCCUAUCAUCUGCUACAAAGACCACAUCCAUAUCAGUGACGUUAGCAUGACCUGGGAGGAGUCUCUGGAAUACUGUCGGGGAUUCAACGGCUCUUUCUGCAUUCUGUCAGAAAAAGAGCAACUGGCCGCCAAGAGGCUGAUGAGAAGGCUCAACAUCACAAAACCGGUGUGGUUGGGUCUGCAGCAGAGCAGCUUCCUCGGGUUCUGGGUCUGGACCAUUGGACAGACACUGGCCUGGAACAACUGGAAGGGUGGGCAGGUGCCCCGGCUGCCCCUCUCCCAUCACUGUGGUGCCCUGAUGUCCGAGAAGGAUGAUUUCAAGUGGGCUGACAUCAACUGCAUGACCAAGCAGCGGGCUCUUUGUUUCGAUUGGGUUGUCAAUAGGGGUGCCAAGAUUCUCCAAAUCAGCGAUGUAAUUGAUGAUUGACCUCCAAAUCCUCGAUGUAAUUGAUGUAAAAAAUUUAAUUUUUGAUUUUAAAGUGACAAUUUAAUUCGAUUUUCGAUCUUUUUCUAAUAUUACUAUUAAGCAUUCCUUAUAUGUUAUUUACUCUUUUUGGCCUUUUCCUUUUCUGUUUUGGGGGGCUUUUAUUUUGAAAACGCUUUUUAUUAUGAAUCCGUUCCAACCUUGAGGUUGUAAUGUAAACAGAACUAACAUUACGCUAAAACAGAGACGUGAACAGAGUGAAAUGAAACAAGCAGAAUGUUCAUUUGAUUGUUUCAGCACACUCUGAAAAGACCCAAGGUUAGUGUUCAUGGAAUAUGUACUUAUGUGCAUUUUAAGCCUUAAAGUAACUUUGGACUGUAACUAGAUAAUCUUUUCACUUGCUAAGUUGAGUAGGCUAAGUUAGUUUUAAUUGACGUGAAUGAACGAAUACUUCCACACCGGUGAUUUCAAUGUAGCAAGAGUGGCUUUGAUAUUGGUAGGUUGAUGUGUAUAUUUUGAAUGGCUGCAGCAUAAAAGUGUUGACGCUGCAGUUCAGCACGUGUGUGUGUUUAUGUGCUUCUUGGCAUACCUGCUGGACGUGACAUUGGGGAUGUGGCUGCAUCGUCGAUUCUACUUUUAAGUUUGAGAUUCAGAUGUAAUUUCGAUCGAUUUCAAUAUAAAAUCGAAAUCGUGACACCCUUAGUUGACAAUAGUGUUACUUUAAUAAUUACCAGUACCUGAAAUUUUAACUUUAUUUGACUCUACAAAGGGGUGAGCUAUGCAUGAUUUAGCUUUGACAUUGCACGCUUUAUAAUGUAAGGUCAAAUAAACUGUUUUUCUACAGUAUCAUAUACAGUGCUGCUUAAAAGUUUGUAAACUCUCAGACAUGGUCAGUUGUUUUUGUAAAAAAUCGAAAUAACCUUAUUUAAUGCAAAUCCAAAUCCCAAUUUGUAAAGCUGACCUUCCGAAAAAUAGACAGAACCAAAAGAAAGUUAUAUAAUUCAAUUACAACAAAAACAAAAUUCAACAAAAGUGGUUUAGUUUGCACAAACUCAAAAUAUGACAUUUGCAAAAGUAUAUGAACCCAUGUAGUUGAUUUCUUGUAGCACCUCCCUUUGCAACCACUACUUCAACCAAAUGCCUUCUGUACCCAUUAAAGGGACACCAGGUAAGCCUGAUGCUUUUUCUCUACGAAACUCCCCCUCGCUCGGUCUGAAGCUGUUUUCCUUUUCUUUG